CACUUUCGGUAGGUAGACGGAAGAGAGAUUGCCUGCGCAGACGCAAACAGAUCACAUCUCAAGCUUACUAUUAGAUCGCCGUAAAGGGUCGAGAGAAGAACUCCAACGUUGUCCACAAAAAUGGCAAAAUCUACUUCUUACAACACACACCUGAUAUUACUUUUGUUGUGCGUCGGUUGGAGUCAUUGCGCCUAUUUGAUUGACUUUUCGCGGAUCUUCCAACACAAUUCGGCUAAUGUUAAACGUGAAGAUCCUGAUCGUUGCCAUCCUACUCAACCAUUUCGAUGUCCUGGUACUACAACUGUUUGCAUAUCCCUCCAAUAUCUUUGUGAUGGAGCCCCCGAUUGUCCCGAUGGAUAUGACGAAGACAACCGUUUGUGUAUAGCAGCCAAACGACCUCCAGUAGAAGAAACGGCUAACAUUUUGCAAACAUUAUUAGCAAAUCAUGGACCUAAUUAUCUAGAAAAAUUAUUUGGUAAUAAAGCAAGAGAUGCACUGGCACCACUCGGAGGAGUUCAGAAAGUUGCAAUUGCUCUCUCGGAGAGUGAAACUUUGGACGAUUUUGGAACAGCACUUCACUUAAUGAGAACCGAUUUGGAACAUUUGAGAAGCGUUCUUACGGCAGUCGAAAGUGGAGACUUAAGUUUGCUCAAAGCUUUGGGGAUCAGAGACUCCGAAUUAGCAGACGUCAAGGUUUUCUUGGAUAAAUUAGUCAGCACUGGUUUCAUGGAUUAACCCGUAAAACCGGAUUUCUUUUUUAAAUUUUAAAUUCUUAAUCCGACGAACGAUCUUAAGAAGUGAUGUUAAGAAAAGAAUUAUUAAAAACAGCAAUAUUUAUUUAUUCUCUGAUUUUUUUUAUUAUUAUACGAUAUAAAAAUAAACCGAGCAUCGAGCAUCUUCAAUAUCCUUGUGUAUGAAUCACAUCAUUGCUCAAAAUGUGAUUCUGUGAUUUUACCCCAUAUCUCUUUCUUAUUAUACAUCGUAAUCGCUUUAAAAAUAUUCGUUUGGUUUGAUAACAUGUAUUUUUAAUAUAACCGUAAAUAAGAACAGAUUUGCUUCAAUCAGACAAGAAAAAUAAAUUAGUACAGUAAAUUCUUAAUUAUAGAAUCCAUAUUUAAAUAUUUUUUCUGCUCUAUUUACACUAUUUCUUCGAUUUCAAACUGUGAUCUGUAAAUAUAUUUUUCUGUCUGAGUGAUAUGUUAAUGGCAUGGAAAUAAAUGCAUAUCGUGUGAUUUUUGUCGUUUUGAUAUAUGUAGAUGAAACAUGACAUUUCACUCUCCAACAUCAACAGAGGAAAAAAAUGUUUGGAUCAAUUUUUAAAAAUUAUUCCAAUGUUCUGCAUCAAAAUUAGAUUUUAGCCUUGUUGUCUGAUGGAAUUUUACUAAAUUUGAUAUAAAAAUUGACUUACAUACAGUAUAAAUAUAAAGGCAUUAUGGUGGUUUUAUUCAAUUUCAAACUGUUAUAGUUGUUGGGUAAACUUUUAUGUAGGUUUAAUGUAAUUUAAAAUUAACAUAAUUAGUAAUUUAUAAAAUAGUUCAUACAUUAAUUUCCAUUGUAGAACAACGUUAAAUUUCAGAAUAAUUUGAUUCAUACAUUAAAUAUGAAUGUCUUUUUAUCAUAUUUAAUCCAAAACUCCUUAGCAAAAUCCUCUUGUAUAAUUAGUAAUUUUAUUCUCAGAUUUAAUAAAAGAAUUUAUCCCUGCACUGUGGUAAUUAUACGAGUGAAUAUUAUCAGA